AUCUCCAUCUCCAUCUCCAUUUCCACACCCCCAAAAGCUUCGAUCGCCAUGAGUCCCGUGGUGACUAAGUCCUCUCCAACCCUCGUCCCCCCUGCGUCGCCGACCCCGACCUCGACGCUCCUCCUCCCCCUCUCCUCCAUCGACCGCGCCGCCAACGCGCGCGUCUCCGUCGAAUUCAUCCAGGUCUCCUCCCGCGGCGGCAGAGGCGGCGCCGUCGCCGCCAUCAGAGAGGGCUUCGCCCGCGCCCUCGUCCCCUACUUCCCCGUCGCCGGGAGGAUCGUCGAGAGCGUCCCCGGCGAGCCCAUGGUCGAGUGCUCCGGCGACGGGAUCUGGUUCGUGGAGGCAGGUCGAUUGCGCCCUGGACGACGUGAACCAGCACGCCCGGAGCCGGCGCUGCUCCCGGCCGGAGGCCCUCGGCUGGCUGCGCCCGGCGGAGCUCCACCCGCGGCUCCGCUCCGCGGGCCGCAUGCACCGUUAAUGGUGUAA